AUGAAAACGGAUGAAGGAUGGAUUAUUUUCAUCACGGGUAUGCAUGAGGAAGCGCAAAAGGAUGAUUUGCAAACUGCAUUUCAUGAAUAUGGAGAGAAAACUGCAUUUCAGGAUAAUUUGAACCUCGAUAGUCGCACUAGUUGUGUCAAAAAUAACCUUUCGCCGUGCUCGAACCCAAUUGCGGAAGUAGUUAAUAAUUCGAUUCCAUCUGAAGAUAGCAAAAAUGCUAGGAAGAUACGCAAAAGUAUCAUUGGUCAGAGGAAGAAUGCAAAGAAAUUUACACACACUCUCAAUAUUAGUAGAAUGCCCAAUUUAACAGGAAUUGAUCCUGACGAGACGAUCACCGUGCGUCCAACUGUUGCUGUGUUAUCUAAAGAGAAAUCCGUGUCAGGGUUGGAUUGUUGUCCGAGUAGUACUUCAACUCAUGUCAGUCAACAAAAUAACAAUUCAAGUUAUCACACUGUGUCUGACAUCGCCUCUGUCAGCGAAGAUUAUUGGGACGUAGGGGAUCCUACUUUUAUCUGUGGGCGUUGUGGAGCAAAUAUGUGGUAUGAAGAAAGACUUAAAAAGGAUCGAAAAUCAUGCAUGCCAGAGUUUGGUUUGUGCUGCAGCAAUGGAAAGGUUCAACUUCCUUUGUUAAAAAUGCCUCCAAAUACAUUGCUUCAACUGCAUGAUAAUUCAAUUAUAAGGAGCCAACAUUUUUUACGAUAUAUUCGAACGUACAACAUGAUUUUUUCCUUCACCUCCUUCGGUGCAAGAGUUGAUGGAUCGGUUAAUGAAGGUUCUGGACCUUACUGUUUUAGAGUUGGAGGACAAGUUCAUCAUUUAAUAGGCAGCCUUAUUCCGCCUGAUAGUCAGUCUCCAAAAUUCGCUCAGCUUUAUAUAUAUGAUACUGAGAAUGAAAUUGACAACAGAUUGGGUUUUCUAAGUCCUGCAAACAAUGAAGACAUCCUCGAUCCCGAUAUUGUCAAGUCUUUGAAGGAAAUAUUAGAUAAGCCCAACAGUAUUGCCCAAUCUUUUCAGUACGCUAGAGACCGUUAUAAGGAAGAUAGCUUCAACGGUGUGAAGUUGAGGCUUAUUCGGAAGCAUGGCAGUGAUGGAAGAGUUUAUAAUCUUCCCUCUGCAUCUGAAGUUGCUGCUUUGAUUGUUGGAGAUAUAGACAACGCCAUGGGUGACAGAGACAUCAUUGUGGAGACACAAACCGGACUUUUGCAGCACAUUGAUGUGAAGCAUCCCCUAUAUCUUGGCUUACAAUAUCCUUUGUUAUUUCCUUAUGGAGAGGAUGGUUAUCGCGAUGAUGUCCAACGUACUUCCACUUCCAGAGGUAGUACAAACCCAAGGUCAACUAUCAGCAUGAAAGAAUUCUUUUCAUUUAGACUUCAAAUUAGAUCAGGGGAAUCCCAAGUUCUUCAUCACUCAAGAAAACUUUUCCAGCAAUUUCUGGUUGAUGCUUAUACUAUGGUUGAGUAUGACCGUCUUAAUUUCAUCCGCCAUAAUCAAAAUCAACUCAGGGAAGAGUUGUACAAAAAUAUUAUACAUGCAUGGAAUCAAGGUGAAGAUGCAGCAGCUAGAACUGGAAAGCGUAUUAUUAUCCCUUCUUCAUUCACAGGCGGACCAAGAUAUAUGGCUGAGAAUUGUAAAGAUGCUUUUGCAAUUUGCCGUUGGGCUGGAUAUCCUCAUAUUUUUAUAACAAUUACCUACAAUCCUAAAUGGCCAGAAAUUACACGGUUUCUUAAGGCCAGAAACUUGAACCCUGAAGAUCGUCCUGAUAUUCUUUGCAGAGUGUUCAAAUUCAAAUUAGACCAAUUGCUCCAUGAUUUAAAAAAGGAACAUGUUCUUGGCAGAGUUAAUGCAUAUGUUUGCACAAUUGAAUUUCAAAAACGUGGACUUCCUCAUGCUUAUAUUCUAUUGUUCUUACACCCUUCUAACAAGCCUGAUAGUGGACUAGAUAUUGAUAAAUUGAUUUCAGCAGAAAUUCCUAACAGGGAAACUCAUCCUGCUCUUUUUGUUGCUGUCAUAAGUUACAUGAUGCAUGGUCCCUGUGGUCCUAACAAUUACAAGUCACCUUGCAUGAAGGAAGGAAAGUGUUCAAAAAAUUUCCCAAGGGUUUUUGUUCCCGUACAAUUAUCGACGAUGACGGAUUUCAUCAUUACAAGAGAAGAGAUUAUGGGAUAG